AUGACACGGAGCAAGAUGGUGGAGCCGAGGGAGGCGGGACGUGCGAGGGCGUCGUGGUCGUGCAGCGCGAGUUGGGUCGCAAUUGCACACACGGUGCUCGGAUAUAGUGCGUUUGCUGCUGCUCUGGUCGUGUGCCUUGCAUUGCACUACCACCGCGUCGUGAAGAACCAUGUCGCGGGCUGGCCGGACGAAUACUGGCCGUCGGUCAGUGCUACGAUUGGCGACUGGUUCCCGGAGCGCAACUUGUUCCAGGUGCUGGUUGCGGUGACGUCUGGGCCACGCUUUGCGCUUGUGGGACUUUGCGGACUGCUGGCCGCACUCCAGGGCCGGCCGAAACGCGCCGCGUUCCUGCUGGUCGUUGGCAUCCUGCGCACGUUUUCAUGCGGUGGGUGGAUCUUUGUCACAUCGUCGGACCAUGCGCUGCUGCACGAUGUUACCAUGGGGCUGUACAUUGGCCUCACGCCGAUCUGGAUGGCGGCGUGCUUCCUCUCGCUGGCGCCGGCGCCGGACUCGAAGCACGCCGAGGCACACCAGCUGGCGCAGCGCGUGCGCACCUAUGCCGCGAUCGCUUUCUAUUCGUGCACGCCUUUCAUGGUGCGCCUGUACCUGCGGCACCGCCGCGAUAAUGUCAAGGGGGCCUACACCGACUAUGCCAUGUUCGAGUGGCUGCUCGUGGUAUUUGAUGUGCUAUUUGACAUGGGCAGCGUCUGGGACCUGAAACGCUUUACGGUCAAGAUUUCGUACGAUGAUACGCCCGCCGCCGAAAAGGAGGCGCCGCCCCCGGCCCCCGAGACCCCGGUGUGGGUGUCGGUCGUGUCGCGGACAUACCUCGCGUGCACGGCAUGGUCGUCCAUGUCGUGCCUCAUCUCUUUGAUUUUCUACUUUAGUGUGUCGAACAUGGCCGCCGAAGGUCUCGAGCUGCUCGUGCUUGCGCAGUCGAUCGGCCUGUUUGUCGUCAGCUUCACGCCCGUCCGGCGGUGGCUGGUGAAAGGAAGCGAGGUCGAGACGCUGCCGCCCUACCAGCAGGCCGUGCUGUGGCUCGUGUCCUUUACGACGAUCGCGACGUACUGCAUGGGCGACGACCUGACGCGCCUCGUCGUGAACGCCGGGUGCAGCGCGCUGCUUGCCGUGAUCAGCGCGCUGGACUGGGCAACAGCGUGGCAGGCCGGCCGCAUGGACGAGUCUGCGACGAUCUGGCUCAUGGGCUUCUUGAUGCUCGUCGUGGCGCGCUACUGGAACCAUGCCAACUCGCCGCUGUGGCCGUUCCUCGACGCGUCGAACGGCGGGCAGCAUGUGCCCGGCCUGGUGCUGGGCCUGCUGAGCCUCGUGCCCGUCGUGCGGCAGUCUCCUCCCGCUGCGCCGGUGCGCCGCCGGCCCGAGGCGAUUCCGUACGGCGGCGUGCGCUUUGCGAUUUCUGCGCUCGCGCUCGGUGCGUGGCUGUGCACGAUGCAGACACUCCUCUCGGAUUCCGGCACGGUGAUUGCCUGGGGCUGGACCGGGUACCCCGUGCGUGGCCCCCGCGCGGUCGAGCAUGGCGUGCUGGUCAUUCUUGCGUUUGCAGGCGGCACACUCGCGGCGUUGUACCGCCCUCGGCUCGGGACGGCGCCGCUGACGGUGGUGCUCUAUGGCGUCGGGACCGCCGUCCUGUUUUACUGCGACAACUGGCUUGGAUUCCUGGGCGGCCUGGCGGUUGCCUUUACGCUGCCGACCAUGGGCCUGCCGCUACUGCAGGCCGCGCUGAGCCACGAUCCGUUUGCGAUGCUCUUUUCGGUGUGGACGAUUUAUACCACGCUGGCGUUCCUCGGUGUGCUUACCGUUGCGUACGCCUUCUUGCCGGGCGCGUACAUUAUGCGUGAGCACACCGGUGCCGUGCUCCUGCUGCAGUACGUGCUUGUGGCGGCCGGCCUCGGCAAUGCGCGCAGCGCGCACGUCGCCGAGCGCCUCGCGGUGCAGGCGUCGACGUACCGCUGUGCGUUCCGCAAGGCGGCGUGCGCGCUGCUCGCGGCACUCGUGGUGCUUGCGAGCGUCGUGCCGUUUUGGCGGCACGUUCCGCCGCGUGCGAUUGUGCCGCACUAUCCCGAACACAAGGUGCUCACCGCCGGGAUCUGGACGGUGCACUUUGGCUUUGACCAGCUGAUGCGCGACAGCACGCGGCGCAUGACCUCUAUCCUGAAAGAGCUCAAGAUGGACGUGAUUGGGCUGCUCGAGACGGAUCUGCACCGGCCUGCGUUUGCGAACCGCGACCUGACGCAGUACCUCGCGCAGGAGCUAGGCAUGUACGCGGACCUCGGCCCGAGCCCCAAGAAGCACACCUGGGGCGCAGUGCUCUUGUCCAAGUUCCCGAUCAUUAACAGCACGCACCACCUGCUCCCCUCGCCACACGGCGAGCUUGCGCCGGCGGUGUCGGCGUACCUUGACGUAUUCGGCACGCCGGUCCACGUCAUUGUGUCGCACAAUGGCCAGGAAGAAGACGUGCUGGACCGCGAGCUGCAGACGAAGGAGAUUGCGCGCAUCCUGCGUGAGUCGUACCCUCGUCCGGCCCUCUUUUUGGGGUACGUCGUGACGCAACCCCACGCGCGCCGCCCCGCGCCGUACGAGAUUCUGUUCUAUGAUGGGGGGCUGAUGGAUGUCGACCAGGAGGACUUUGACCGCUGGUGCCAGUACCUCGGCUACCGUGCGGUGGAGCGCGUCGGCUACGCGCGCGUCUCGCGCUACACGGUGACAGACACGGAGCUGCAGACCUUCAAGGUGCACAUUCCCGAGUACACCGUGCCGCCGAACCGCGACCUGCGCCCCCAGCGCGUGCCGUACAAUGAGCCCCCGGACGAGCCGUGGGCGUACCCCACCUCUCUCAUCAAGCCCAACGGGUGGCUGAACGCGAUGCACAUGUACGGCCCCCGGCUCUAUCCGCAGUACUUUCGCAAGGUAGAAGUGUAA